CGGAGAGCGCUGCCUGGCUGCCGGUUCCCUCACUGCCGUGCUCGCAUCCGCUGCCCUCUCUCUCAGCCAUGCCCAACUUUGCUGGCAUCUGGAAGAUGAAGAGCAGCGAGAAUUUCGAUGAGCUGUUGAAAGUCUUAGGCGUCAAUGCCAUGCUCCGGAAAGUGGCCGUGGCAGCCGCCUCCAAGCCGCACGUGGAGAUCCGUCAAGACGGCGACCAGUUCUACAUCAAAACCUCCACCACUGUUCGCACCACCGAGAUCAACUUCAAAGUAGGGGAGAGCUUCGAGGAAGAGACGGUGGACGGCCGAAAAUGCCGGAGUUUAGCCACUUGGGAGAACGAAAACAAGAUCUACUGCAAGCAAACUCUUCUGGAAGGAGAAGGUCCCAAGACAUACUGGACGCGGGAGCUGGCUGGCGACGAACUGAUCCUGACUUUUGGAGCCGAUGACGUCGUGUGCACAAGAAUUUACAUACGGGAGUGAAAGACGCCAGCUGCCAUCUCGCUGUCGGGGAUAAAGAGAAGGAUUAAACUGGCAGAUGUGGCGAGGAAAUCUUGCAUGGUAAACUAUCCGUGGGGGUCUCUCUCGAGAACAGCGCCGACGUGGCCACGCA